AUGUCGGGCCCUCCUGCGGUUGUCCCUCAGGCCAUGGGGCCAGUAUCUCCUGGGGAUAGCGCAGACGGUAGGAAAGCCAAACGGGAGUUGUCCCAAUCGAAACGGGCCGCACAAAACCGGGCUGCUCAGCAGGUUCGGGACUUGGGUGACUUGGAGUCCACCUCCAAGACGCUCCAGGCCGAGAACUAUGCGUUACGAGAUUAUAUUCUGCGCCUGCAGUCUCGUUUACUGGACACCCAAGGCGAGUAUCCCCAGCCGCCUCCCGGCAUCAGCCUGCAUCCGAUCGCUCAGGGCCAACCAUCACACGGCGGUCCCGAGGUUUCUCAACCCACAAACGCCACUGCCCCCGCCCCUAAUCAGGUCGAGGUAGCAGCGCAAGCCGUCGCUGGCCUCACACGGGGCGAACAUCUUGGUGGUCGCGACCCCUACGGGCCCGUCCGAACCGACGACGACAGGACGGCCGAGGAGAUUACGCGCCAGCUACAAGCCGACGGUGGGCCGGACGGCUUGCCAGCAGCCCCGAUGUAG